UCCUGGGCAGUAGACAGUCAGAUUGACCGGACUAUCGGCGCCCGCGCAAGUGGAGUAACCGCUCGACACUUGACCCGCGAGAUAAGCGCAUUCUGCUCGCUCCGCUCCACUGAUGCCGAUGUUAGCAGCGACUGUGUGUCUGGCGCUGGCCCUGGCGCUGGGGCGGGCCUGCGAGCUGCGGCCCUCCGGCGGCGUGGCGCAGAAGUCUCCGGGAGACAACUUCUACCGGCUACUCGUCAACGGCGAGGUGGAGCGCUACGCCCCCGGAAAGCGCUAUGUCGUGACCCUGGUGGGAUCGCGUACCCACGACGUGGUACAGCAGUUCACCAAGUUCCAGCUCACGCUGGAUCCACUGGAUCCUGCGGCCCCAAGGUCCCCGGCGCGCCAGGGCCAGUUCCAGCUGUUCGCGGACACGCUGUCGAGGUUCGACGAGGAGUGCAUCAACUCGGUGGUGGAGGCCGACGACCUGCCCAAGACCGAGGUGCAGGUCAUGUGGAAAGCCCCGCCUCCAGGUUCUGGAUGUGUUCUCAUCAAAGCGAUGGUGUACGAGAACUCGAGCCGUUGGUUCGCGGAGGACGGCCAGCUGACGAAGAGAGUUUGCGAGGAUACCACCCUAACAUCUUCAGAUUGCUGCGCUUGCGAUGAAGCUAAAUACAAGAUGGUGUUCGAGGGGCUGUGGUCUGCGCAGACGCACCCGAAGGACUUCCCGACGCAGGCGCUGUGGCUCACGCAUUUCUCCGACGUGAUCGGCGCCACGCACCACAAGAACUUCACCUUCUGGGGCGAGGGGCAGAUCGCUUCCGAUGGCUUCAGGUCUUUAGCCGAGUGGGGCUCCGUGGGGCUGAUGGAGCGCGAGCUGCGGCAGCAGGGCAAGCAGCUGCGCUCCAUCCUGAAGGCGCAGGGGCUGUGGCACCCGAGGGUCAACUCCAACACGACCGCCAACUUCGUGGUCGACAGGAAGCGGAGCUACCUCUCUCUGGCUUCUAUGUUUGGUCCGUCUCCUGACUGGGUGGUGGGAGUGAGCGGUCUGAGCUUGUGCCUGAAAGACUGCACUUGGGAGGAGUCUAAAGUCGUCGACCUCUUUCCGUACGAUGCGGGUACUGAUAACGGCAUAACAUAUAUGUCGCCGAACGCCGAGACCCGUCCCAAAGAGCGCAUGUACCGCAUCACCCCCAUGUACCCCGAGGACCCGCGCGCGCCGUUCUACAACCCGGGCGGGAGGAUCGCUCCCAUGGCGCGCCUCUACCUCGCGAGGGAGAAGCUCAUACCGCGCAGCUGCGACGAGGAGGUGCUGCAGACCCUCGUGGCUGAGGAGUCGGAUGACACGCAGUCCGCUAACAAACCGGAGUGCGCGGUGUCGGAGUGGGGCCCUUGGUCUGCGUGCUCCGUGACCUGCGGCAAAGGCCUGCGCAUGCGGACCCGCGCCUACCGCAUGCCACAGAAGGCACAGAUGCUCGCCUGCGAGCGCCAGCUGGUCUCCAAGGAGAUGUGCGUGGCCGCGCGCCCCGAGUGCGACGGCGACACUGAUGUCAAAACGGACGAGUUUGACCUGGUCGCUCCGGUGGAAGAACUGGGGGGCAUCUGCCAGACUUCGGAGUGGGGCGUGUGGAGCGAGUGCUCGGUCACUUGUGGAGUCGGGUUCGAAACCCGGCGAAGGCACUUCACCAACCCGAUGGGGCUUAAGAAGUGCCCGCUUGUCCAAAUCGAGGAGAACCGCAAGUGUAUGCAGCCCGAGUGCACAGAACGCGACACAGAGAUCUCGGACCCCGCGUGCCCGACGACUGAGUGGUCGGGCUGGUCGCCGUGCUCGGCGUCGUGCGGCGCCGGCGUGUCGUUCCGGACCCGUCUCCUGCUCGUGCCGGGCGAGAGGCAGAGGGAGUGCGCAGCGAGGGUGGAGCUGAUGAAACAGCGCCGCUGCCAGGAGCGGGAGUCUUGCGCUAUCGACAUGACGACUGCUAAACGCAUCUGCAUGGAGCCGCCCGAGGCUGGCCCGUGUCGCGGCGUGUACCAGCGCUGGGCCUUCGCCGCGCAGAAGGGCAUGUGCGUCCCCUUCACCUACGGCGGCUGCCGCGGCUCCCAGAACAACUUCCUCACGCAGGAGGAGUGCACCAGCACCUGUUCUGUCGUCACCGGUGAGUCACUUCGACCAGCGCUGGGCCUUCGCCGCGCAGAAGGGCAUGUGCGUCCCCUUCACCUACGGCGGCUGCCGCGGCUCCCAGAACAACUUCCUCACGCAGGAGGAGUGCACCAGCACCUGCUCUGUCGUCACCGGGGCGCUCAACCCGCAGGCCAACCAGCUCGCGAACUCCGUUAGCUCUGAUCCGUCCCGCGCCACUAACACUCUUGACGGAGCCCCGACCUUACUGGGCUCGUGUGAGCUGAGCCCGUGGAGCGAGUGGAGCCGUUGCAGUGUGUCGUGCGGCGUGGGCUACCAGGAGCGCACGAGGAACGUGCUG